AUGGCGCUCGCCAAGAUUCGUCCAGUGCUGGGGUUGCAGCCGGAGGAGGCUUCGGGAGACUGCCCCGAAAAAGCUCCGGCUUCAAAGGCUGCUGACUCUGCCCAGUUCAAGAACAUCCUUUCGGUGGCCGUCUCUCAGGAACAACGCCUGGGUCAACAUGGUGCAGUGCGACGAGGGGCAGGGUAUGACAUGUCAGAUCCAUUUAUGGUGGCGACAUCAGAGAUGGACUUUGCAGGUGGUGGUAAGCGAAAGCCCCUGGAAUUUGUCCAGCUCAACGUCAGCGGCCUGCCUUGUCAGGUCAUUGGUGAGGCAUCAGUGGUGGCGGCCUAUUUGGGCAUGGUGAAAGAUGAGUCCAACAAGGUCAAGAAACCACAGGAGUGCUGGAUGCGUUUCCCGGACGGAACAGUGAAGAAACUCCUCCGCAGCCGGCUGCUGCCACUGCCAACCCAACUUCCAAGACUGAACGACUGGGCCGUGGUGGUGGACCUUCACGGAGAACUGGAAAGAUACAACGGCUUCCGCGGUCUGUGUGGCCUAAAUGCGGGGCAGGAUGCGUUUUGGGUGCUGUUUGAGCCGAAUGCGGGUGGCAACAAGAGCCCCAAGCCGCCACUGGAGAUGAUCCCGAGAAAGAACUUGGUCGCUUUGCCAACUUCCCCGCAUGGUGCUUUGGAGACCCAAUGGGAGGCGAAGCUCAGAGCAUUGCCCAGCAUUGGGCAUCUGGUGGAUGAUCCUGGUCAGCCUGGUCAGCUUGAGGCUUUGAAAGACAAAGACGACGAGGAGAACGAAGACGAGGAAGCGUUCACAGAGGAAGAAGGGGAGGAGGAGCGACCUGAAGUAGGCGACCUGGUGACCCUGCUGCCAGACAACAAGCAGAUGGGUAUACUGAAGGCACUGGAAGGAACGCGGGCAGAGGUCAAGCUUCUACCCAGCAUGGCGCCAGAUUCCCUUUUUGCUCCUCGUGUUGACGGUUGCGCUUUGUCGCUGCUGACCAAAAGCACCCAGGAAGAAGCAGAGGAAGUAGCCCUGUGCAACAUUUGCGAUGAGGCAAAUCCAGAAGAAGAGUUGCUGAUUUGCGAUAAUUUUUGCAAAUCUUGCGCCAGCACCAUCCACAUCAAGUGUCUGGAUCCGCCUUUGCAGAAGGUUCCCGAGGGAGAUUGGUUCUGUCCAGUAUGCCUUCCCAGAGAGAAGCGGAAAGCCAAAGCAAAGGCGGAGCCAAAGUCCAAGGCAGAAGCGAAAAUGAAAGCGAAGGCAAAGGCGAAGGUGAAGCCUGCAGCAAAAGCCAAAACGAAAGCAAAGGCAGUGAAGGCCUCCAUCGCCAAGCUCGGCAAAGCAUAG